AUGAAACAAACCAAAACCUGCAUUUUUUCAUAUACGUUUGUCAUCUUUUUGGUAGCAUAUAAAACAAACGCCAUCUCACAAAAUGACAAAGAAUUUCUUGAAGCUCAUAACAAGGCCCGUCUCCGUUCAGGUUUGCCAGCAUUUUCCUAUGAUCAAAGCCUUGCGAAUUUCGCACGCAAGUAUGCAUCAACACGUGCGAAUGAUUGCGCUUUAAAGCAUUCAAAUGGGCCCUACGGUGAAAACCUGUUUUGGGGUAGUGCUGAUGGUGCGUCCAAAUGGACCCCGAAGGACGCUGUGUACGCUUGGAUAAAAGAACAUAAUUAUUAUGACAAGGCAACCAAUUCAUGUAUGCCAGGGAAAAAAUGUGGCCAUUAUACACAAAUUAUGUGGCGUGACACCAAAAAGGUUGGCUGUGCGUUAUCAUAUUGCAAAAAUAAAGGCACUUAUGUUGUGUGCGAGUAUGAUCCUGCAGGAAAUGUUGAGGGACUUUCUCCUUUUGUUGAACAUGAUCCCUACGUUUAUAGUAAUUGA